AUGGAUUUGGCUUUGUAUCGACUGAUUGUCUUCAAUCUGCUUCAAAUAAAUUUAAGGAGUGUGAUGGUAUUUCAUUGCUGGUCCUUAGAAGAGGCUCUUCCUCUGGCCGAAAUGCUGAAUGGAAAUGACAUUUAUUCGCAAUACAUUGACCUGAAACAAGGCCCUGAGCAUUUGGCCAAUAUACACAAGGAGUAUUUGGACAGUGAUUUGGUCAGAUUGGCUGUGUUUUUGGACUUGAGCUGUGAGAGAGCUGAGCUUAUUACAAAUCAGUCAAGUCGUGCCCGUUUGUAUAACAAUAAUUUCCAUUGGCUGCUCUAUGACUCUGGUGGCAACUUUACCAAACUAAGCCAACUCUUUGAGGCAGCCAAUCUUAGCCUAAAUGCUGAUGUGACCUAUGCCAGGCGUCAGGAUGAGGAGCUCUUUAUCCUUUACGAUGUGUACAACAAGGGCAGCCACCUGGGUGGCAAACUAAACAUAACCAUUGACCAGAGUAUGCUGUGCAACAUUAGUAACUGCCAGGUUAAGGAAUACCUAAGUAACUUGCAUGAAGGAACCAGGCUGCAGCAGCGUCGAGACUUGUCCAGCAUCACCUUUCGAUUGGCUGCCUUGGUUUCAGUUCUACCCAUUAACUCCAGCGAGGACGUACUCCUAGAAUUUCUCAAUAGCGAUAGGGACUCCCAUAUGGACUCCAUUUCUCGCAUAGGCUAUCGCCUCAUCCUGCACACUCAGGAAGUGCUUGGUUUCAAGCUGGACUACAUUUGGUGCGGUACUUGGAGCGUUCAGGAUGCCUUUGGCGGUGCCAUUGGCCUGUUGGUCAAUGAGUCUGCCGAGCUAUCCACUUCCCCUUUUGUUCCCUCCUGGAAUCGCCUGCAUUAUGUGCAUCCCAUGACGGAACAGGCUCCCUUUCGGGCUGUGUGCAUGUUCCGUACACCACACAAUGCCGGAAUCAAGGCGGCCGUGUUCUUGGAACCCUUUACACCCACCGUUUGGCUUGCUUUUGGUGGCUUGCUGCUCUUUGCUGGAGUUUUGCUGUGGCUGAUCUUCCACCUGGAGCGGCACUGGAUGCGGCGGUGUUUGGAAUUCAUGCCCUCGCUGUUGACUAGCUGCCUGAUCAGCUUUGGAGCUGCCUGCAUCCAGGGUUCCUAUUUGAUGCCCAAGUCAUCGGGGGGCAGAUUGGCCUUCAUAGCCGUGAUGUUGACCUCGUUCCUCAUGUACAACUACUAUACUUCGAUAGUGGUGUCCACGCUGCUUGGGUCACCAGUGCGUUCCAACAUAAGGACUAUCCAACAACUGGCUGACAGCUCCCUGGAUGUGGGAUUCGACACGGUGCCAUUUACCAAGACCUAUCUGGUGUCCUCUCCACGCUCGGACAUUCGCAGCCUGUAUAAGCAAAAGGUUUUGACCAAGCGGGAUCCCAAUAGCGUCUGGCUUUCACCUGAAGAGGGGGUGAUCCGUGUGCGAGAUCAGCCUGGUUUUGUUUACACCUCGGAGGCCUCUUUCAUGUAUCACUUUGUGGAGAAACACUACCUGCCGCGGGAGAUCUCUGAUCUGAAUGAGAUCAUCCUCCGUCCCGAGACCGCUGUCUAUGGCAUGAUCCAUCUGAACUCCACCUACAGGGAGAUACUCACUCAGCUGCAAGUGCGCAUGCUGGAGUGUGGCAUCACCUCGAAGCAGAGUCGAUUCUUUAGCAAGACAAAGCUGCACACGUUCUCCAAUAGCUUUGUGAUCCAGGUGGGCAUGGAGUAUGCAGCUCCCUUGUUUUUGUCCCUUCUAGUGGCCUACAUAAUGGCUCUGAUGAUUCUCCUACUGGAAAUCUCUUGGUCGCGUUAUGUGAGAAAGAAGCUGGCCAGCGUCUUUCCACAAAAUUACCAUCGCUACCAUUGGCUGGUCUACGAAAGAUUUGUGAAUUCUUCACGCUUCGAAAAGACUCAACUCUAUAUAGAUGCGGACCUUACCUACGUCACUAAUAAUCCCUCCAACGGAAACUUUAUACUUUACGAUCUCUACAACAAAGGACUUCAGCUAGGAGGAAAGUUGAAUAUCACUGCCCUGCCCCUAAACUCCACCAAAAAGGACAUAUUUGCUUUUCUGGAAUCCCGGGAUCGAAUUUACUUGGAUAUCUAUUCACGAUUUGGAUUCCAAUCACGUCAGCCCCUAAGGGACAUGUUGGACUGCAAAUUUAAGUACAUCAUUAGAGAUCGCUGGACAGAUGGCAAUGCCACUGGCGGCAUGAUUGGAGACCUCAUUGAAGGACUGGCGGAUAUACCUAUGGCCCCUUUUAUUUACUCCCUCGAAAGGGGUCUUUUCGUACAGCCCCUCACCAAGUUCACCAAUUUCAAGGAGAUUUGCAUCUUCCGUAAUCCCAGAUCAGUCUCCGCUGGCCUAAGUGCCACCGAGUUCUUGCAGCCUUUUAGCGGAGCUGUGUGGCUGACUUUCGCUCUUCUGCUCCUGCUAGCUGGCUGCCUUCUUUGGAUCACCUUCUUGGUGGAACGCCAGCAAAAGUGGAAACCGUCUCUACUGACCAGUUGUCUGCUCUCCUUUGGAGCUGGUUGCAUUCAAGGAGCUUGGCUGACACCACGAUCGACCGGCGGGCGAAUGUGUUUCUAUGCCCUGAUGGUAACCUCCUUUCUCAUGUACAACUACUACACCUCGAUUGUGGUGUCCAAGCUGCUGGGUCAGCCGGUGAAAUCGAACAUACGGACAGUGCAGCAGCUGGCUGACAGCAGCCUGGAGGUGGGCAUAGAGCCAAAUGUUUAUACCCGCAUCUUCAUAGAGACUACCGAGGAAAAGAGCGUUCGUAGUUUGUACUUAAAGAAGGUGGUUGGAAGCAAGCGCUCACCGGAACAGAUAUGGUUAUCCACAGAGGCGGGCAUAAAAGCUGUGAGGGAUAAUAAAGGAUUUGUCUAUAUAACUGGAGAGGCCACCAGCUAUGAGUUUGUGACGAAGCACUUCUUGCCCCACCAAAUCUGCGAGCUGAAUCAGAUUUCCCUGCGCGAUGUCACGCACACUCAGACCUAUACGAUUGUGGUGAAGGGUUCGCCAUAUGCGGAGUUAUUCAAGCUAAUUGACCUGCGCCUGAUGGAGACUGGGAUUCAUUUCAAGCAUGAUCGCUAUUGGUCGAAAACCAAGCUUUAUUGCUACCAGCACAAUCACACGGUGGCCGUGGGUCUGGAGUAUGCUGCUCCUCUGUUUAUACUGCUGCUGUGUGCUAUGAUUUUCUGUGUGGGCGUGCUGGGACUGGAGGUCAUCUGGCAUUGGCACCAGCACACCUCAACAAUGCAGCUGGUGCAAUUGGCCAACUUUGUCCUGGACAAUCUCCUGCAGUCACGAGUCGGAUUCAUUGUUAUCUUUCACUGCUGGCCAAGAGAUGAAAGUCUCCAGUUUGCUUUGCAGUUCAUCAACCCCAUUCAUCCCAACCUCGUCUAUCAUCAAUAUGUUCAAAUGCAGGGAGUCCAGGAUUGGUCACAUCUCGAGCUUAGUUACCUGGAGCACUUGCAGCCUACUCUAGCUAUUUAUGUGGAUUUGAAGUGUGAUCAGGCGGAGGCACUUCUAGAAGAGGCCAGCCAGAAGCAGCUCUACAACCAGCACUACCAUUGGCUUUUGCAUGGCAACCAGUCUGCUCAGGAUUUCUAUGAUUUCUUUUCCCCUUUCAAUAUAUCUAUUGAUGCAGAUGUCAGUUAUGUUCAGGAAUAUGACCAGGCAGACUCCUCCUCGGUUGUGUAUGCCAUUUAUGAUGUCUACAGUAAUGGCAAAAUCAUUGGAGGUCAACUGAACAUUACUGGAUCCUAUGAGAGCACCUGCAAUCCUAAAAAAUGCCGCAGGACUAGGUACCUUAGUAACCUGCAAAAGCGUUCUAAAUAUGGUAAUAGAGAGCAGCUCACAGAUGUGGUUUUGAGAGUGGCUACAGUAGUCACACAGCGACCUCUUACCUGGUCCGAUGAUCAGCUUAUAGAUUUCUUAAGUCAGGAGAAUGAAACUCACAUAGAUUCCCUAGCCAGAUUUGGUUUUCAUCUCACUCUUAUCCUCAGAGAUCUCCUGCACUGCAAAAUGAAAUUCAUCUUCGCAGACAGUUGGAGCAAGUCGGAUAUUGUGGGAGGUUCCAUUGGAGCUCUAGUCGACCAAACGGCAGACAUCACGGCCACACCUUCUUUGGCCACCGAGGGCAGACUCAAGUAUCUCUCGGCCAUUAUAGAGACGGGUUUCUUCCGUUCGGUUUGCAUUUUUCGUACGCCACACAAUGCUGGCCUUCGAGGAGAUGUGUUCCUCCAGCCCUUCAGUCCCUUGGUUUGGUAUCUUUUUGGGGGAGUUCUCUCUUUGAUAGGCAUACUGCUUUGGAUCACUUUCUACAUGGAGUGCCGGCGUAUGAGGCGUUGCUGGCGCUUGGACUACCUGCCCUCGCUGCUCAGCACAUUCCUGAUAAGCUUUGGGGCAGCCUGCAUUCAGAGUUCGGUUUUGAUACCUCGCUCUACGGGUGGCAGGUUGAUAUAUUUUGCCCUGUUUCUGAUUAGCUUUAUUAUGUACAACUACUACACUUCGGUGGUGGUCUCCUCGCUGCUUAGUUCUCCAGUCAAAUCAAAAAUCAAGACAAUGCAGCAGCUGGCAGAGAGUCCGCUGACCGUGGGCUUGGAGCCAUUGCCCUUCACCAAAAGCUAUCUCAAUUAUUCCAGACUGCCCGAAAUCCAUUUGUUUAUAAAACGCAAAAUUGAACCGCAGACCAAGAACCCAGAGCUUUGGCUGCCCGCCGAAGAAGGUGUCCUACGGGUGAGGGACAAUCCUGGCUAUGUUUUUGUCUUUGAAACCUCAUCUGGUUAUGCCUAUGUGGAGAGAUAUUUUACAGCCCAGCAGAUAUGUGAUCUAAAUGAGGUUUUAUUCCGACCCGAGCAGCUGUUUUAUACGCACUUGCAUCGCAACUCUACUUACAAAGAGCUCUUUAGACUUCGCUUCCUCAGGGUUUUGGAAACCGGCGUCUAUCGGAAGCAGCGCAGCUACUGGGUCCACAUGAAGCUCCACUGCGUGGCCCAAAACUUUGUGAUAACCGUGGGCAUGGAGUAUGUGGCACCGCUUCUGCUCAUGUUGAUCUGCGCCUACAUCCUGGUGGUGCUCAUCCUCUUAAUAGAGCUGGCCUGGAAGCGAUUUCUCACCCCACAACCGCUUUAA